CCCCGCUGAGGUGAGGCGGCGGGGGGGAGCCUCACUCUAUCCCUCCGCGGGCGGCGGGGGGCAGCGUGUCUCUGUCUCUCCACGUUUUUUUCGGGGGGAGAACUUUGUGCUUUCUCGCAAGUCACAAUCGUUGUGUGAAGCUUUCUCACCCGGGACGACGGUGGGCUGAGGGAAAGCUAAGUUCAGCUGCUAAUGUUGGGUCAGCGUGCUGUUUUUACUUGAUUUCUCCUCCGAAGGAAGGCCUGUGAUACCUCCUCACAGGUUUUCACUGUGAGUUUUGAAAUGCUGUGGGUGUUGAGGUUUUUGGCGUUUUGAAUUUUUUUUUCGGCUGUUGAAAAACAUUUACCUGUAGACCACGCCUCAAAUAAAUGCUACUGGUUUUUUUAUCUCUCCGGUUAUAGUGUGAAGAAAGAUAUUUAUGGUGCUUGCUUACCCACCCUAUGAACAAGCAGGAUGCUGACCAGAACCCCAAGUGUUAUUGCCCAAGUGUUCCUUCUUCUAAGCAUAGUUCUUGUCAUUGCUAUUGCAGUGAUUCAGAUAAAUCGGCAACAGAUCCUUUCCCCAGGGCUUAAGUAUGGAAUAGUCCUUGAUGCUGGAUCCUCUCGGACUACAGUCUACGUCUAUGAAUGGCCAGCAGAAAAAGAAAAUGACACAGGAGUUGUAAGCCAAACCUUCAAAUGCAGUGUGAAAGGUCCUGGUAUAUCCAGCUAUGAGAGUAACCCUGGAGCUCUUGCCAAACCCUUUGAUGACUGUCUGAAUAAAGUCAAGGAGAGAAUACCAGUUCAUCUGCAUAAAAAUACUUCUGUUUAUCUGGGGGCUACAGCUGGCAUGAGACUACUGAGGUUGCAAAAUGAAACGGCAGCCAAUGAAGUCCUUGCAAGCAUUCAAAACUACUUCAGAACACAACCUUUUGAAUUUAGGGGUGCACAAAUCAUAACUGGGCCAGAGGAAGGGCUGUAUGGAUGGAUAACAGCCAACUAUUUAAUGGGCAAUUUCUUAGAGAGAAAUCUUUGGAGGACAUGGGUCCAUCCUUACAGAAAAGAGACUAUGGGUGCACUGGAUCUUGGAGGAGCUUCCACUCAAAUUUCAUUUAUCCCAGAGGACUCUCAGAAGAAUUUCAACAGCACCUUGCAAGUGAAGUUGUAUGGUUACAACUACAAUGUCUACACUCAUAGCUUCCAGUGCUAUGGGAGAGAUGAAGCUGAGAAAAGGCUUUUAGUGUUGCUGUUCCAGAAAUCAAACAACAGUUCUAAUGUGGAUAACCCAUGUUACCCUCUGAAUUAUAAUACUGCAUUAACGAUGAAGUACUUCUCUAGCAGCCUUUGUACACAGUCUCUGAGACCAGCAAAUUAUUACCCAAACCAGCUUGUGAAAUUUCGUGGAACAGGAGAUCCAGGUCUGUGCCAGGAGAUGGUUUCUUUAUUGUUUAACUUCACUGCUUGCAGAGACAGAGAAGACUGUCCAUUUGAUGGAAUGCAUCAGCCAAAAGUUAAAGGGAAUUUUGUGGCUUUCUCAGGAUUCUACUAUACAAUUAAUGCUUUGAAUUUAUCUGGGCAUUUUUCCCUAGCUGACUUCAAUUCAAGUAUGUGGUUUUUCUGUUCACAGAGCUGGGCACAGCUCCAGUUUAUGUUGCCUAAAUUUGAAGAAGUAUAUGCUAGAUCCUACUGUUUUUCAGCCCAUUUCAUUUAUUACUUGCUUGUACACGGUUACAACUUUGAUACAGAAACUUGGCCACAGAUACGUUUUCAAAAGGAGGUUGGUAACAGCAGUAUAGCGUGGUCACUUGGUUACAUGUUAAGCCUCACGAACAUGAUUCCAGCAGAAGGCAAGCUGAUUCAAUUACCUCUGAAACCUCCUUUGUUUGCUGGGCUCCUCGUCUUCCUCACAGCUACGGCACUGUUGUGUCUUCUCUUCCUUGUUUACUUGUGUAUUGUGUCACGUAAUCGGAAGCAUAUCUGUCAUGUUGAACAUGUAUUUAUUCCACAAUGAAUGAACUUUACUGAAGACAAACCAAGAAUUUUAUAGUGCUAUUAAGUAGGACUUUAUUUUUGAAAAAUGGAGGGCGAAAUCAAGAAGACUUCAGGACCAGAAGCGUAAACAGGGAAGGGACACAAAGGAAUCUGUGGUAUGGUGGAGUGCUUUUGAAAUAUUUUGGCAAUUGUUGCUGUAAAACUGAUUUGUCCAGUGUGUGGCAGAGAAAGCAUUGGCAGAUACAUCACUUUGCUUGAUAAGGGAUUAACAGCCUUUUCCUGUCAGGUAUGUAUUUUUUUUUUUGUUCGUUAACUAACGGAUAAACUUAAGUGCUGAUGCAUUAGAUCACGGUGACAGUUGUUUAAGAUAAAAUUAAACAAGUCAAUAGGAAUUGUGGGAGGCAGGAACAUGAUAGCUAUUCUUGUGUGCAGUGCUGACACUAAAAGCCCUCAAAUAAUCUAAUUACUGAAACUGGAACAAGCACUGGCUAAUGACGGGAACUGAAAGAAACAGCUGGGAUAGAACUGGUUUUACUGCUGUUCCAAACUGUUUGAUCCCCACUACAUAAAGGUGUAAUAAACUGCCAACACCUGACAGGACUUUCAAGCUUGUCUUAAAACACAGCUGUAUUUUCUGGUAUCAUGGAGAUCUCUGGAUGCCUCUACUAUGGUACAUAAGAUUUGCUUUGAAGAUGGAACAAAAUGCUUUCAUGCUUUAGUAACUGAACCUAAAUCACAGCUACCUCCAGAAGCCACUAGAGUUUUCAGUGUCCUUUUCUCUAACUUUCACAUAAAUACUUUUUGUAGGUUCUCAAGCACUGACCUGUAUUCCCCACAUACUGCUCAUCUCAGGUGGUUGCAGUCAGUGCUGACUUGUCAUGUACAUACAUUAUUUUAACUGUCUGGAUAAAGUCUCAGACCUAGGACCUUCUGAAGCAUUAACUUAUUAAGGUCUUCAUUCAAGGCCAAGAGGAAUAGGAGCCAGGCUGCAGGCCAGCAGAACACCUGUUCUGUAGGGGAUUGGGGAACACAUUGCUGGAGCUGCAGUCAUGGCUGUGGUGCCUUGAUUGGCCUUUCCACUGUCCUGACCUCAGUGUUCCUUCAACAGCACUGGGACCUACCUAGCAGAUGCUUCUGUUAAACACAUUAUCUCCAGAGCUGUCCUGGAAGUGCUGCUGCCUUCCUGCUGCAGAGAGAUUACAGCCUUGAAAUCCCAGGCAUUCUUCACCAAACCUCUCAUUCCCUUAAAUUGUAAGACUGCAGUUUUACCUGCUGCUUGGAGUUCUUCAUGGUCAGUGCCCACCCCUUUUACCUGCCUGUCUUUUGUAUGGUUUUAGUGGUCUUCACCUGGCUUCUGAAAUAACCUUUGAAAAAGCCUCCUGCCCCAUCAUCUGCCAUCUCUUCUUCCCUUUGUACACUGUUUCUGUUAAUUCCACCAUAACAUGGUCUGCGAAGCUGCAAGGGGAUAUAUCUGAAGAGCCUUAGAGUUAGCAGAAAGAAGGGAUCGCUGUACUCUUUAGGGCUGCAAGAGAAGAAAAGAGCAUCUCUGCUUCACUUCUCCCCUUCUACCAUCUCCUCUCGCCCAGAUUACCUACGUGGAGCUCCAUAUCUCCCCAAACAUCCUACAAAUAGCUGCCACUGAACACUUUUUUGUAUGUUCCUCCCUCUCUGUCUUCUCAGGAUUCCUUCCUUCUGUAUCCCUUGCUUGCAUCUUUCCUCUCUGAAGGGAUGGUUAUCAAUUUCAUGCAUGGAGCUUUUCAGUGUGAGAAAGUAAAAACGAAAAGGGAGAUCACCAUAUUCAACCCCCACUGCUAACAAGCGCUAAAGUCUGUGAGGCCAUGUGAGUAGUGGUUUCUGCACAUGUGUUGCAUCUAAGAGAUCUGCUUGUUGAUGCAUACACUGAGAAGUCAAGCUAACAUUGAGUUAUGAAUCCCAAUGGCACAUAAUGUGUUUUUAUCUCAACUUCAUCUAUUCCAUGUAUUGAUUAGGUUAUGAGAUAGAAGAACAAUGGCCAGUAUUUUUAUCCAUGAAUAACAUUUUCAAUUUAUGUCUUUUGUUUCUAUGUCACCUUCUUACUUUCAGGUUUGAUUGUGGGGUUGGAGUUUUAUUUUCUUCUGCUUUUCAAAGGCUGAUAGGUGAUUUGAAGGGAAAGAAAUAUCUUUUUAAAUGUGUGUGUGUGGGGGGAAAGCUAGUGAUUUUUCAAGAGGAUCAGCAGUGAGGGCUUUGUUUCUUCUCUGUUGGUAUAUUACUAUGUCCUGUCAGUCUUACUGGAGUAGCAUUAUCAAGGCAGAAGGUAUUAAACGAUGAUGAAGUGCUGUGUAGCACCCAAGUGACAUCUGAUAAAAUUUACUUCAUAAUGCAUGGACAUUACAGAGGUUGGCAUGAGAUAAAGCUUCUGUCUUUUGUGUGGGUAUCUGGAACUGCAUUAAGGGUAAGGAAAAAAAAGGCAGUUGGAUGAAAGCAUUAAAAUAUUCUCUUCAGUUGCCAAAUUUAUGUGGGAAAUGGUAUUCUGGAAUAUUUACUUGCCUCACAAAACCCUUGCUUUCCUUUGUUUGUGAAUGGCAGGGCCAUUCAGAUGUGGGUUUGCACAAAUGGAAUGCUUGGAUGCUAGUCUCCUUAGAGUUGGCAGCUAAAGAAAGUAAAUUUGUUCAAAAAUCAUUUGGACUUCCAGAUGGACUUGGAUAGAGCCAGUACCUGUUCAAAGAAUGCCUUCCCUCCAUGAAUCACCUUCUGUUUUCCUUUUUCAGUAGUUCCCUCUUCUCCCUAUGUAUAUAAUCUCCCUCCCCUAUCACCAGGAUACCCACCUGCUUGGUCUUAUCUCUGCUGUCAGCUUCAGCUGAGCAAGCUGAAAGCUAUUGAACUUCCAGCCAGGCAGCUGCACUGCCAUAGCAUACAGCUUCUUCCAGGCUAGCACCGUGGCUGCAGUUCAGUGUUCCAGUAAACAAACAUGGCUCGGACAUGCAGCCAGCUUGGCUACCCUUGGCUGUAGUGGGCGCUUCUGAAGGGGAGGUGAGGCAAUGGGGAUGGUUAUGGCUUCAGUAACCACCGCUAAAUCCUCCACCAAGUUCAAGUCGGAACCAGAUCAGUGGGUGUAAUGUUAAGAUCUCUGGAGAGCCAGUGUUGUUAACAGCAUUUGGGAAUGUGUGCAAACUAUAGAUUAUUUAUUUUUUUAUACUCUUUACUGCCUGCUUAUGAAGAUUAAUAAAAUUGUGAAAAGCUAAGCAAGUGUACUUUUUACUUUGUGUUGGGUUUUCUUCCCCUAAACCACUAUUUUCAUCCUGAUAGAGAUCUGCUAUCCCUCUAAUAAGAAUAACUUGUCUGAAAUGCUUUGGACAACAGAAAUUUGCAAACUGCACAACUGAAGUUCUGGAGUGAACAGUGCUCAUUGUCUCCAGAAUCCAUAUUCUCAGCAAGGUAACCCUCGUGGUUAAAACCAAGUUACUCUUCUGAUUUAUUUUGUGUGUGUGUGUUACAUACAUACACACAAACAACUUGUAGAUGCUAUUAACAUUUCAUUCAGGGACACUUGCUAGGGCUUCUUUUAAGUUCACCAUCAUAAUGUAGAUCUGAAAACUUAGCAGCUGAAGAGCAGCAGCAGUUCCAAGUUAGAAGAAACCCCACCUUAAAAAGAGAAGCAGCAAUAAAUUAAUUGCCCAUAAGAAAGAGAAAUGAAAUGCAUACGGGUAU